CUUUUUUAUAAUUACAGAUUAUUAUUUCACUGUUUAUCAAUAUGGUUUUUUCGAAUUAUAAUAAAAGUCAUAGGGCUGAUGAGUUUGUGGUUGCACCUGAAAUUAAAGCUACGUCUUCAAAAUAUAAUAUAGGUCUUUGUUCUAAACCUCGUAAAAAAGAUUCUUUUUGCACUCAUGUUUAUCAGGAUUCCUAUUCUAAUGAUGAUAAUUUAUUAUGUAAUGAGCAUGAUGAUUGUAAAGGACAAUCUCAGUCAUCUGAUGAACAUAUGUUUGAGUUAAUUAAUCGUCGAGCUUUGCGUUCUAUUGAUAAUCAUCUAAUGAAUAAUAUAAAUAAGUUACAAAAUAAUUAUAUACCUCAAAAUAAUAAACAGAUACAAUCACAAUUAGGCCGUAAUGAUGUAUCCAGAUUGGCAUCAGAAGAUAAUUAUGAACUAUUAUAUCCAGUUAUUAAUAGUGGAACAUUUGUGCGAGAACGCCCUCCUUUAGAUUUGUUGUCUAAUUCUCGAUUCAAAGGACCAAAAGUAGGAAUAGAUAUGUCUCUUAAUGCUGCUGUUCAUGUUGGAGGGGGGUUUAUUCGUGGAAAUCUACAAAUUGAAAUUGAAUCAUCUAAAGUACAACUGGGCAGUAUUGCUCUUGAUUGUUUAGGUGUUGAAAGCAUAGGAAACAAUAAGUCGCAUAUAUUGUUUAGUGUUGCUAAAGAGAUGAUGGAAUUUGAGGAUUCUCCAUUAAAUCAGCUUGUAUAUACAGAUAUUGGACAAUGUCCAGAAGAUGGAUUUUGGCCUUCACAAAAAUGCAGAACAUCUAUACCAUUUGAUUUACAUCUUCCUUUGAAUGUGGGUCCCGGAACAUUUGAAUGUAAAGAGGGACAUGUAAAAUAUUAUAUUUUUGCAACACUUCGUUAUAAACUUAAAGAUAAGAUUUUUUUAUCAAGAGUAUGCAAAAAUUUGUUACUAUUUACAGCUUUGCACCCGGACCGUGCUCUUGUACCAAGCGAGCAUCCUAUAACAUGUAUUGAAGAAGGACCUUUAUUUUGUGGAGGAAAAGGUUCUUUGAAAGUUGAAGCAAAAUUACAUAGGCCAGUUUGGAUUUCCGGUCAACUUGCAUUUGUAGAAGUUUGUACAACUAAUCAUUCGACACGUACUGUUAGGAAAAUAAAACUUGAAUUAGUCCGUCAAGUUAUUAUAUAUAAUAGUCCACCUGCCAAUACUAAAGAGCAAACACUUGCUCAUGAAAGAGUACCAGAUUAUAUUAAAACAAAGGUAUUAUCGUCGUCAAUAUUAUAUGCCAAUGACCCUGAAGACACAAGAGCUUGGAAGGGUGUUAAGCCUGAUACUAACGAUUCAGUUAUUUGUCAGUUAUUAAUUCCUUCUGCACAACUUACAGUAAAUGCUGGAAGACAUUUGGCGGUUAAAUAUUUUAUUAAUAUUUCUGUGGGGACUGCUUUUACAUCAAAAGUUGUGGUUCAGGUUCCUAUUCUAGUUGCAAAUCUAUUAUCUCUUGAUAUUGUAUCGCACAAUGCUACAGAUGUAGCACUUACUAUGGCAAAGUAUCAAGAUUUAAAAACACCUGUAGAUAAUAUUUCUUCUCGAGCAUUUAAAAGUUCUUGUAGAGAUGCAGGCUCAGUAAAUCAUGGUAUUGAUUGUGGAAGUAGCGAAGACAGUGAAGAUAUCUUAUCUGCUGUCCUUCGAAGGAAACUUAAACCUCUUGAUAUAGAAAAGAUUAAUGACGAAGAUUCUUCACGCUUCGUAAUUAGAGAAGCAAGUACAAAUGAUAACCAUUAUAAUCCCAGACGAUCUAAAUCACUGUUUCACCCAAAAAAAAAAUAUUCUAAUUAUAAUGGACAUUACGAGCAUUUAAAAGCUGUUUCUAGAGAUAGCGAUGAUAUACGACAAGCAUUAUCUCAUGAGUAUCGUGCUCCUAAUAUGGAUAUUUCUACGACUGCAUUUGGAUUCAGUAAUGAACCAUCUCCUAUUUCUUUUGCAAAAUUUAGUCAAAAACAGUUCCGUUCUAAAAAUAGCCGAGGAAGAAGUAAUAGUGACCCAAAUAGUGAUCCCACAAAUCGGCGUACUGACCGUCCUGAGACUGUGCAGGAAGAGAAAUAAACACUUUGCUACUAAAAAAAACUGAUAUUUAAUUUAUUGUUAUAU